AUGGCUCCAAGCUUUGAUAAUCUCGACAAUGACGAGAACUUCGACGAUGUCGAAAUCGACUACUCCGAUCUGCGCGAGCAGUUCGACGUGCGCAUGGAGGAGGGCCUCGACUCUUUCGUAGUCGUCGACGGCCUNCCCAAGGUCCCCGAGGAGAGCAAGGGAAAGCUGAUCAAGUUCAUCCUCCGCAAGCUCACCACCGCCGGCAAGACCAGCGAGGACCUCGUCCUUAUGCCCAUUAGCGACGAGACCAAGAUGACUGAGGGAUACGCCUUUGUCGAGUAUGAGUCACCCGCACAGGCCCAGGCCGCCGUCAAGGCUUUGAACGGCACCCCUCUGGACAAGAAGCACACCAUGGCCGUCAACAAGCUUACCGACAUCGAGCGCUUUGGCCGCGAGGGCCGCAUCGACGAGGACUACUCGCCCCCCGAGGUUGAGCCUUUCCAGGAGAAGGAGCACUUGCGCUGGUGGUUGGGCGACAACGACGGUCGUGACCAGUUUGUCAUGUACCGCGGCGACAGUGUCGGUGUGUUCUGGAACGAGAGAGACGAGCAGCCCGACUCGAUUGUUGACCGUGCUCACUGGACCGAAUCCUUUGUGCAGUGGUCGCCCAAGGGAACCUACCUUACCUCGAUGCACGCCCAGGGUGUCCAGCUGUGGGGAGGCAAGUCGUGGAGUAGACAGAUGCGUUUCGCCCACCCUGGAGUCAAUCUUGUCGACUUCUCGCCCGACGAGAGAUACCUCACCACCUGGUCUCACCGCCCCAUGCAGGUCGAAGAAGGCCACCCCGUUCUCUCGCUCGACGAGGACGGCAAGAACUACAUCAUCUGGGAUCUCGAGACUGGCCUUCCUCUGCGCUCCUUUGUCACCCUCGACUCGGCCGGCCCCAACGUCGACGAGGCUGGAAACCCCAUCAAGAAGAAGCUGCAAUGGCCCGCCUUCAAGUGGUCUGCCGACUCCAAGUACGUUGCCCGUAUGAACCCCGAACAAGGUAUCUCCGUCUACGAGCUGCCCCGCAUGAACCUCCUCGACAAGGUGUCAAUCAAGAUCGAGAAGAUCCAGGACUUCGAAUGGUGCCCCGCUACCCCCAACCGUGAGGGCAUCAAGACCUACGAGCAACUCUUCUGUUACUGGACCCCCGAGGUGGGUAGCAACCCCGCGAAGGUCGGUCUCAUGAGCGUUCCCUCCAAGGAGGUUGUCCGUACCCGUAACCUGUUCAACGUUUCCGACGCAAAGCUGCACUGGCAGAGCGACAGCUCCUUCCUCUGUGUCAAGGUCGACCGCCACAGCAAGAGCAAGAAAUCCAUGGCCACCAACCUCGAGAUCUUCCGUGUCAGAGAAAAGGGUGUGCCCGUCGAGGUCGUUGACGCCAUCAAGGAUACCGUCAUCAACUUUGCCUGGGAGCCCAAGGGUGACCGUUUCGUCCUCAUCACCGCCGGUGAGGUGCCCGUUAGUGCCGCCGUGCCUCCCAAGACUUCCGUCUCCUUCUUCUGCCCGGAAAAGGCAAAGGGCAACCAGGUUGGUAACUUCAAGCUGAUUCGCACUGUCGACAAGAAGAACAACAACGCCAUUCACUGGUCUCCCAACGGUCGCUUUGUCGUCGUCGCCACUGUCCUGUCACAACAGAGCUUCGAUCUCGACUUCUACGACUUUGACUACGAGGGCGAGAAGGAUGAGAAGGACAAGGAUCUGACCGCCAACCUGGCAUUGAUGAACACGGCUGAGCACUACGGUGUUACUGACAUUGACUGGGACCCCUCAGGCCGCUUCGUCGCUACCAGUGCCUCUGUCUGGAAGCACCGCGUAAGUUUUUCGAUCGUCGUCCAACGAAAACACACCACUAACGAACACAGNAUGGAAAACGGUUACCACCUUUACGACUUCCGCGGUCAACUCCUUCGCGAAGACCCUAUCGACCAAUUCAAGCAGUUCGCAUGGCGCCCACGUCCCGAACGUCUCUUGUCAAAGGAGGAGCAAAAGACCGUCCGCAAGAACCUCCGCGAAUGGAGCAAGCAGUUCGAGGAGGAGGACGUUGCCCGCAAGAACACCGCCAACCGCGCUGUUGUCGAGCAACGUCGUCGUCUCCUCGACGAGUGGCUCGCCUGGCGCGAACGCACUGCCGCCGAGCUUCGCCAAGAACGCGAGGAGGACGGCCUUCCUGCCAUCAGCCCCGAAGAGGCUGUCGCCCAGGACGAACCCUCCGAGGAGGGCGAGCGCGAGGGCAAGUUCGUCGAGGAGAUCCUCGAGGAGAUUUUGGAGGAGACCGAGGAGAUCAUCGACUAA